CUGCCGCCCGCGUCUCCAUGGCAACGUCCCCACCGCGGAGGAAAAAAAAGCAUCGGGCUCUUCCGGGCCCCCUUCCGCGCCGACCGAGAAGGCGGGGCGCCCCGCUGAUACUUCGCUUUUUAUUUUUAUUUUUUUAAGAAAAGAGCCGGCGAGGUUAUGGCGAAUCUGCGGUAUCCAACAUGGCGGAUGGAGUCUUCGCCCUCCUCUUCCCGGGGCGCUGACGCCGGCGUAACGGACGUCAGCUUCGGAUGACCCUCCUCCAGCGCCGAGCGCCUCCAGGCUGGUCGGGCUGUGCGCAUGCCCAGGUUCGGCGGUCGCGCUGUAUGUCCCGCUCCGCUUGAAUCCGCUGCUCCGUGUUUUAGCCACUCCUAGGAAGGGGCUAACGGGAGGCUUGGAAUGCGGAUCGCGGGACUGGCAGUCUUCCUAGUUCUGCCGGGAGCCAGCUUCAGCUUCUACCUGUCAGCCCCGCCUUGGCUCCUCCUGGUGUGGAGCCACUGGGCUGGACGUGGAAGGACAGUGUAGGGGUUGCGUCCCAAUUCUCCCAUUUUCUAGCUAAUGUGGGAUGGCGAUAAAACUUUCUUUUGUCUCCGUUGACUAAUUUGUCAAUCGGGGUGAUUACGGGCUGUCUCCCUCUCAAAAAGGGCAGUGUGCCGGAGACCAAAAGGCCCCCACCCGCAAAAUGGUGAACUUCCUGCUUCUCUUCCGGGUCCUCUGCUCCCGCCGGCACCAACCAAGGCCCAAUCACCCCUCUACACCUUCCCACCGGCGCCAUCUAAAAGCCAACUGUUUUUUAACCCGCCCCUUCCGUCCUAACCUGUAUAAAUUAGCCUGCAAACAAUAAAUUGUGCCAGCUUGAUCAGACAUCCUGUCUUGCUGGUCGUUCUUUGUGUCCUUUGCUUGUUUCAUUUCUGCAGGUGUCUCCGGCUACACCCCACGUUCGUCCCGCGGGCCGGGACAAAUGGCGCCCAACGUGGGGCCCCGGGACUCCUGCUGAAACGUCUGCUGGGAAGCCCUGGCCAGGCAUUCUUUUGAGUCAUCACACGGGUAUUCACCUGAUGUCGACUCUGCAUUGAGGAUCACUGCCGAUCACCCGUCCGUAAUACAGAUCCCGGAGAGGAAGAAGAUAAAUAUUCAUCAUCACUGGACAAGGUAAGCCCACCUGACCUUUGUUAGCACAGUUGUAGGCCCACUACCAGUAAUCUCGCCUAUUUUCAUUGAACCCUAAAAAGUCAUCAUGUCUACUAUCCAUUCCCUUAUCACUACUGUAAUAGUCACUGUUGUCCUAGGAGGAUUUGGACCCCCUCCAAAUAAGGAAGAACUCCUCAUCCAGUUGUAUGGAAGCCCUUGUGAUUGUAAGGGAGGAAUGAUGGAUUUAGAACCUAGUCUGAGAGGACAUACACAAAUAACAUCUCAAGGGGAAAAACCAGUAGCUAGACCUCAGCUUACUACCAGAGGACCUGUAGACUGCCAAGACAAAAUAGCAUACCUCACAGCAGAUAUCUCUGCAGGCGGAUUUUCAUCUGGAGUAGGUUGGCAGCCCCAGUCUUGGAAAUGUGUAAGAAAGCCCAAAAUUAUACCUAUAAUUAAUGGUAAACCAGGGCCUUGUCUCAACCCCUGCCAAAAAGCCACUGAAUUACACUCUACCUGUUACCGCACUGUCCAACAGUGCACCGGUGCCGAUGGCAAAAAAUAUCUAACAGCCAUCUUACAAAAUGGUUAUGCUGGUUCCUUUGGAGGCGAGUAUGAUUAUAGCAACCCCCGAGGACAUUCUAAAUAUGCACAAGCCUCCUGUCAUGGCCAACUUGGCAAGGCGAUUUGCUGGCCACUGCAAGCCCCGAUCCACAUAUCUGAUGGCGGUGGACCAACAAAGUAAAAGAAGCCCAAGUUCAAAAGAAAAUUGAAGAAAUUAUCAAAGAAAUAUACCCUCCCCUAAAGUAUCACCCUCUAGCCUUGCCCAAGUCUCGUGGCAUAGAUCUUGACACCCAGACUGCUGAUAUUCUAAAAGCCACCCAUAGCGCACUAAACGCUACUAAUCCCAGCCUUGCUGAAAAUUGCUGGCUAUGCAUGACCCUUGGUACGCCUAUGCCCCUCGCAAUUCCCACUAACGCUACCAAUACACUGCCAGAACAGAGUUGUACUCUUAACUCACCCUUUAGAGUACAGCCUGUGGGAUUUAACACAUCCCUAUGCAUACAAAAGCAGCCCCAGAAUAAUAGUGAUGACGUGAACGUAGGAUUUGCCUCUUUCACAGAUUGCUCCCAAGUUUCUAAUUAUACCUCAUCUCUCUGCCCCGCUAUUGGGCAAGUCUUUAUCUGUGGAGGAAACCUAGCCUUCACUGCCCUACCCCCAAAUUGGACUGGGUUAUGUGUGCAAGCCAGUAUUCUCCCAGAUAUUAAUAUUAUCCCAGGAGAAGAACCUAUCCCCAUACCCAGCUUUGAGUAUAUAGCAGGGCAUCCACGCUCUAAAAGAGCCAUCCAGCUUAUCCCACUCCUAGUAGGCCUCGGGAUUACUACCGCAGUGGCCACAGGAACAGCAGGGGCAGGGAUAGCUGUACAUUCCUAUCAUAAAUUGUCCCAUCAACUAAUCAACGACGUCCAAGCCCUCUCAGGAACAAUUAAUGAUCUCCAAGACCAAAUAGACUCUCUAGCAGAAGCAGUUUUGCAAAACCGUAGAGGCUUAGACCUCACAGCAGAACAGGGAGGCAUCUGUUUGGCUUUACAGGAAAAGUGCUGUUUCUAUGCUAACAAAUCAGGCGUCAUCUGGAACAAAAUAAAGACUCUUCAAGAAGAUCUCGAAAUAAGGAAGAAAGAACUCCGUGACAACCCUUUCUGGACAGGACUAAAUGGACUCCUCCCCUACCUUCUCCCCAUCUUAGGCCCGUUCCUAGGAUUAAUACUAAUACUUUCCGUCGGCUCCUGGGCCUUUAAAAGACUCACAAUGCUAAUCAAACAGCAAAUCGACUCUUUUAUAGCAAAGCCUAUCCAAGUUCAUUAUCAUCGCCUUGCAUUAGCUGAUCAAGGUGUAGAUCCUUAUAUAGAGCCUUGCGCCAGGAGAGACCCAGCAGUAACUUGGGAAUAAAAAAGAGCCACGUCAAGGUUUUCUUGUCCUGUUCCUUGACAAUGUUCCUGGGCAACUAGACGGGUAGUCAAUGACGGGUAAUUAAGAGGAUAUACCUGCAAAGAUACAGGACAGAUAUAAGACCUCUGGGUAAAAGGGCCAAUCUAAUACUGGGGCAAGCUCCUAUAUAGGCCGGUCCAGUAUUAGGGCAAGCUCCCCUGAAUCUACCAGGCCGACUCCGAAAGGAGGCAAGCUCCUGGAAACAGAGGCCAAGUAUAAGACCUCUAAACCUAAGACAGGCACCGUCUACCCAGGAAAUAAGUGGCUCAAAGCACCCUAAGUGCUGCUCCAACCCCUCCUAAAGAACAGAAAGGGAGGAGAUGCUGGAGACCAAAAGGCCCCCACCCACAAAAUGAUGAACUUCCUGCUUCUCUUCCGGGUCCUCUGCUCCCGCCGGCACCAACCAAGGCCCAAUCACCCCUCUACACCUUCCCACUGGCACCAUCUAAAAGCCAAUUGUUUUUUGACCCGCCCCUUCCUUCCUAACCUGUAUAAAUUGAGCCUGCAAACAAUAAACUGUGCCAGCUUGAUCAGA